ACAACGGUCGAUGCAGCGUCUGUCAUUUAUAUAUCUACGGUGUCUAUUGUUUAUAGAGCUCCAAUUACAAUUAGUGAUGACUAAAAAAAUGUAUUGUGUUUAUAAAAAAAAUCUUCUCUGCCACACUAAGGAGGGAGAUCCAUUGAAGCCUCCCCCUCCCUGUGAGAGGUCUGCAUGAACCAACAGGCUGGACAGUAUCGGAUGAAUAUACAAAUGAAAAGAAGUGCUAACAGUGGUCGUUGAGUGGUACAUUUAAAAUCAGCGACUGCUCAGGUACCACAUUCCAAAGCAGGGACUAUAUGAUCCCUCAUCAGCCCAUCAAGAAGUAACCUAAAAUCCCAGUCUUGCAACUGUUAAUAUAUCAUAAUAUCACUUCUCGUUUGGUUCUGGAACUUAUUGAUACCUUUGCAAACACAAACCACUGCUUCCCACACAUCCAUAUACAGAGCAGGGUGUGGCCCAGCUCUGAAUCUAUUCCAAUCAAUGAUCUCUUCAUGCCUUUUUCCAUGACAUUCAUGCAAUGAGAUGGGAUUAUUAGUGUGAGACAGACCAAAGAAAGAGUGAGUGAGUUGAAAAGCAGAAGUUGAAGCUUGACAUUCCAGCUGAACGACGGCUGGAAGAUCUCACAGCUGAGGGAUCACUGACGUCUCUGAGCUGCAGGGGGCAGCAGCUCGCCAGCAGAACCAGGGCAGACCAGCGUUCACAGGAGCAGGAAACCAGAGGAGGGUUGGGCUUCAAAGCUGCUGAGCAGGAAGAGAAACUCUUCAAACACUGGCUGUUGUUGAGAGGAGGAAAUGGCUCAGGGAGGAGCUCAGCUGGAUCCACUAAAGUUCUCUUGUUCCAUCUGUCUGGAUCCCCUGAAGGAUCCGGUGACGGUUCCCUGUGGACACAGCUACUGCAGCAACUGUAUUAAAAGACACUGGGAUGAAGAGCAAAACAAGGGAAUCUACAGCUGUCCUCUGUGUGGGGACAAGUCCUGGAGGAGGCCUGACCUGAAGAAAAGCGUCGUGUUAGCAGAGUUGGUGGAGGAUCUGAAGAAGACUGGACUCCAAGCUGCUGCAGCUGAUCUCUGCUCUGCUGGACCUGAAGAUGUGGCCUGUGAUGUUUGCUCUGGGAGGAAGCUGAAAGCUGUCAAGUCCUGUCUGGUCUGUGUGGCCUCUUACUGUGAGGAACACCUCCAAGGUCACUACGAAGCAGCUCCAUUGAAGAAACACCAGCUGGUGGAGCCCUCCAAGAAGCUCCAGGAGAAGAUCUGCUCUCUUCACGAUGAGGUGAAGAAGAUUUUCUGUCGCACUGAUCAGCAGUGUAUCUGUUACCUCUGCACCAUGGAGCAACACAGAGGCCAUGAAACAGUCCCAGCCGCAGCAGAAAGGAGCCAGAAGCAGAAGGAGCUGGAGGGGAGUCGACUAAACAUCCAGCAGAGAAUCCAGGAGCGAGAGAAAGACGUGAAGCUGCUUCAGCAGCAGAUGUUUGCCAUCAAUGUCUCUGCUGAUGAAGCAGUGGAGCACAGCGAGGAGAGCUUCACCCAGAUGAUCCGUCUCCUCCAGAACAGAAGCCUUGAGGUGAAGCGGCAGCUCAGAUCCCAGCAGCAAACUGCAGUGAGUGGACUCAAAGAGCUUGAGGAGAAGCUGCAGCAGGAGAUCGCUGAGCUGAAGAGGAAAGACGUCCAGCUGGAGCAGCUGGCUCACACAGAGGACCACACCCACUUUCUCCACAGCUACACCUCAGUGUCAGCACUCAGUGAGCCCACACACUCCUCCAGCAUCCAGACUGCUCCUCUCAGAUACUUUGAGGAUGUGGCAGCAGCUGUGUCAGAGAGCAGAGACAAACUCCAGGGCAUCCUGAGAGAGCUACAACCACAGCCAGAGAGCAGAGCAAACUUCUUACAAUAUUCACAGCAGAUCACUCUGGAUCCAAACUCUGUGAACAGAGAGCUGAAAUUAUCUCAUGGAGACAGAAGAGUAACUUUAACAGAGAAAGUUCAGCCUUAUUCUGAUCAUCCAGACAGAUUCACUGGAUGGCGUCAGGCUCUGAGCAGAGAGAGUCUGACUGGACGUAGUUACUGGGAGGUGAAGUGGAGAGGAAUAACAGAAGUUGCUGCAGCAGUCACAUACAAGAACAUCAGCAGAGCAGGGAGUGAAGAGGAAUGUAGAUUUGGACAUAAUGACAAAUCUUGGGCAUUAUGUUGUGACUUUUUUGGCCAUUUUAGUUUUUGGCACAACAACAUCAGAACUCCCGUCUCAGUUCCUCGGUCCUCCAGAGUGGGAGUGUACCUGGAUCACAGAGCAGGUAUUCUGUCUUUCUACAGCGUCUCUGAAACCAUGACUCUCCUCCACAGAGUUCAGACCUCCUUCACUCAGCCGCUACAUGCUGGAGUUACAGUUUAUUGUGGAUCCUCAGCAGAGUUUGUGAAACCUGAGUAGAGGACUCCAUCAGAUCUCCUUGUGUGGUUUUCUAAAGGAGCCUCCACAUUUUCUGAGCUGAGACGUUGAUGAGAUUUCUGACAGGAAGAAGAUUGAAACCAACAGAUGGUCGGCCGUCUUCUCAGAGACUUUCUACGUGGACAAAAGGAUGUGAGACGAGUGUGGAGAGACAGAAAGGAGCUGAGUUAGUGGAGAAAAACAUGGCCGCUGCAGCCAUCAGUCCCUCACUGAUUCCUCAACUGAUGCUUUUCUAAUAGUUGGACUCAUUUUUCAAGCUUCUCAAACAGGAAGUUCUUCUUCAUGGACCACAGGAAGCUGCAGCUUUUCACACUUUGGGGGAUUUGAAGUGGAAAUUAGGAGCUUUCACAUGUUUGGAUUGAUCAGUCUUUCUUUUUUCAUGAUUCUUUUCUGACAUUUGAUCCUUCAGAGUGAAGGUUUGUGGAUUUUCUUGAACAGUGAACUGAUUGUUUUGGCUUUUUGGAUCUUCAUCUGUCACCAAGUGGCAGGAAGUUUGAUUCUUUUAGCUGGAAAUGACUCCAGUCGACAACACACACACACACACACACACACACACACACACACACACACACACACACACACACGCGCAGUCUCGUAUUUCUAUCCUCGUGGGGACCGUCCAUUGACUCCCAUUCAUGU